AUGGUUGGCAGUGGUUCCGGCACAAGAACACAUGAACAGGGACAUGUGGCAGGUAUUGAUGGUAAUGGCAUACAAUCUCGUGGCCCAGAUAAUGCAACUACAAAUGAUGCUGUUAUUGAGGUUGAGGAGGAUGAUGACGGGGACGAGGAUGAGUCUGGAGAGUUGACUGGGGGUGACAGAAGGAAGCCGAAGAAAUUGACAUCUUUUGUUUGGGAGUACUUUACCAAGAAAACUGAGAUAGUAGAGAUGGAUGGCAAGAAGUAUGAACAGAAGUGGGGGUACUGCAACUACCCUAAUUGCAAGGCCAAAUAUAGAGCUGAGUGUAACUAUGGAACAACUGGUUUUCGGAACCAUAUGAAAACAACACAUCAUGUUGUAAAAGGGCAGUUGCUAUUGAAGGCAGAAAAGGAUCAUGGAAAAGACAUCACGUUGAUUCAGCCUUACAGGUAUGAUUCGGAGGCUAGUGUCAGGAAGCUGCACUUAGCAAUAAUCAUGCAUGAGUACCCUUUCAAUAUUGUUGAGCAUGAUUACUUUGUUGACUUUAUCAAGUCUUUGCGCCCUAGCUUUCCUUUGAAGUCUCGUGUCACCACUAGAAAAGAAAUAAUGGAUAUAUAUUUGGAAGAAAAGGAAAAGUUGUAUGCAUAUUUUAAAACAGUUCGCUGCCGCUUUAGUGCAACCAUGGAUAUGUGGACAUCUUGUCAGAACAAGUCAUAUAUGUCUAUCACAAUUCAUUGGAUAGAUGAUGAUUGGAAAAUUCAAAAGAGAAUUCUCAGUUUAUUUCAUGUAGAAGGACGCCAUACUGGUCAUAAGUUGGCAGAGACCUUUACUGAAGUCAUGGUUAGCUGGUUCGUUGAGAAGAGAUUGUUUUCUUUGACAUUGGACAAUGCUAGUAGCAAUAAAGUGGCAGUCGAAGAGAUAAUUGAUGAUCUUAAGGAGAAUGCCAAUGCUUGUCUGGUUUGUGAAGAUAUUUUCUUUCAUGUUAGAUGUGCUUGUCACAUACUCAAUUUGGUUGCUAGAGAUGGUUUGAGUGUUAUCUCAAAAACAAUUGAGAAGAUUAAGGCACUUGUGCUAGUUGUAAAGGGCUCUCCAUUGCAAUGGGAAGAAUUAAUGAAGCGUGCUGCUGAGUGUGGGUUGGAUACAAACAAAGGUAUUUCACUUGAUGUUUCAACUAGGUGGAAUUCAACGUACCUCAUGCUAUAUGAUGCCUUACACUACAAGCCAGCUUUCAUUAGGCUGAAGUCCUCAAAUCGCCGUAAGUAUGCUAACAUUUCUCCAUCUGAGGCUAAAUGGGAGAUGGCUACAAAAAUUUGUCAUUGCUUGAAAAAUUUCUAUGAUCUUACUGAACUUCUAUCUGGUACUUCAUAUCCAACUGCAAACUUGUUUUAUAGAGGUUUUUGUGAGAUAAAAGAAAUUCUUGAUAAAUGGUGUGUUUGUGACGAUUUCACUAUUCGGGAGAUGGCAAUUUCUAUGCAUGAAAAGUUUGAGAAAUAUUGGACUAAUUCUAGUACUAGUCUAGCUGUGGCAUCCUUUCUUGAACCUAGAUACAAGAAGAAGCUUAUAGAAUUCUACAUGAGAAAGUUCUAUGGUGAUUACUAUCAACCUCAACUUGAUGAGUUGCUUACUGUCAUAAAGAAAUUGUAUCAGUUUUAUGCUACUAAAACUGCUACAUCCUCAAACACUAAGAGUACUGUGAAUGGUAGUAGUAGCAUAGCAGCAGAUCCUUUAAGGGAAAAUCUAGAUGCUGAACUGAAAGCUUCCUAUAUGAUGAUUGUGGGACUGAUAGAGUCGAGUUAA